AUCAUUCCAAAAAACACAAGGUCAUAACAAGAAUUUAACUUAGUUAUUUACAUUUACAAUAAGUUUCAUGUAUUUUACUUCAGUUAUCCUACUCUCAUCAUUAUUAUUAGUAUUUUCAUUUUUACUUAAUUUUAUUCCAAUUUUCAGUCAUUUAAACGUCUGCCCAAAUAAUAAAACUGUUAUAUACAAUAAUAAUAAUGAAUUAAACAAAUGUUAUGCAUUACAAUUGAAUUUAGCUAAACAACGUCAUAUUAUUAGAUUAAUUAAACGUGAUCAAUUUACAAUGAAUUUACAAUUAGCUUGCCAUUUAUGUUCAAAUGAUAAUCCAAUACAUUUUCAAUGGUAUCGUAUUCUACGUAAAAAAUAUAAUCAAACAAUAUUUCAUUUAAGUAAUAAAACACUCUAUGAUCAUAAAUGGAUAUUGAAUAGAGAUUUACUUGAACCAGUUCUAACUAAUACACUCAUAAAUGAUCCAUGUUUAAUAAAUAGAACAAAUGAAUUAGUUUAUAAAAAAUUUGAUCCAUAUCAUGAUUCUGGUACUUAUGUAUGUCAAUCAUUAAAUAAUAAUAAACAUCCUUUAAAUUUUAUAUGGUAUCAUAUAGAUUAUAUUAAUUCUUAUACAAAUACAUGGUCUAGAUUAAAUUUACCAUUUAUAGAACGAAUGAAUAAAUCUGUAACUACAUAUAAUCAAUUAAUACAAUUACAAAAAUAUAUUGAAGAAGAAAUGAAUCGGCCAGAAUAUUUUCAUGAUCAAACAUUCAGUUUAUUACGUAUUACAUCAAAAUCAUUUCAUAAUUCAACACAUUAUAAAUAUUGUGGUAAUAUCCAUGUCAAACAAAAUCGUGUUUGUUAUAUACAGAUACCAAGAAAACUACCAAUCCAUAUUGAUAAUAGUAAUAAUAACAUAGAAGAAAUAAGAUUAAUUUAUUUUAUAUUAUUCAAUGGUUUCUAUGAAUUUGGACAAUUUUAUGAUGAUGAUGAUGAUACUAAUCAAUUAAAUUUUUGGCGGUUAUUUAAAAAAUCUUCAGAAAAUUUAGCAACUCAAUUAGGUUUUCAAUUAUUUUUAAAUAAAACUUAUUUAUACAUACCAUGCCAAUAUAAUUUUUUUAAACAAUUACCUAAUUUAAACAAAACAUUUCAACCAUUAAACAUAUUAAAUCUUUAUAUAACUAUUACAUAUCAUUUACAUUGUGUGCAUCAAUUAGAUACAAUAGAAAUGAUGAAUUUACCUUUAAAAUAUGAUGUAACUAAGAUGAAAUUAAAUAUUCAUGAUUAUCAUCAUGUAAAUUAUAUGAAAUUAGAAAAAUUAGCUAUGGAAUAUGAACCAUUCAUAACAUUAGACUGUUAUCUUACUAAAGAAUAUAUAUGUAACCAUACUACUGCCACUAAUAAUAAUAAUAAUCUCAUUAAAUGGAGUACAACUAAUUUAACAUUUUAUUCACCUACUAUAUUCAAUGAAAGAAUUUAUAUGAAUGAAAAAUGUCAAUUAAUUAUUCAUAAUGUCAAAUUAAUUGAUUCUAAUAUUUAUAAUUGCUACAUAAAAAAUCAAUAUCAAUCAAAUAACCCAUGGCAACUAAAAAUAUCAUAUAGAUUAAAAAUUGAAAAAUCUUAUUAUCAAUGGCCUAGUAAAAAUAAUUUAUUAAUUGGUUUAUUAUUUCUUGUUAUAUAUAGUAUGUUUAUUAUAAUAAUAUGGUUUAUUUUAAUGAUUUAUAAUGUAUAUAUAUUUAAACAAUUAGGGGAGAGACUAUAACUUAUGGACGGACCAACCAGGUAUAAGAUAACAGGUCUUGAAUUUUUAACGCGAAAUUCACUCAACCAUUUGACUUAAUAGUGUGUUAGCAUUUUAGCUAAUGUCAGUUCAUGAUGAAAUCCCUUAAUCUAGUUCCUAACCCUAACCAUCAAAUGUAAAUCAUAAUUCUAAUUUCUUACAUUGCUUUAUAGUCAUCAUUUAGUUCUAGUUAGUAGGUAGGUGUUCCCAUGGUUAUUUUAGCAUCACUCAAAGGUCGUCCAUAUAUUAUAAUCUCACUCAAUUAGUUUAUAGUAGCUCACGUGAAAUUGAGUUUGUUCACAUUUAAUUUGAUGAAGCCGUUUUUUGUUAACUUAUUUAACACGAAUAGUCAUUCGUACAAUAACAAGUUAUCUUAUAUCAUUGUACCUUUAUUAUUAUUGCACUUAUAUGAAUAUGUAUACUUGAGCAUUGUUUACUGCCUAUGCAUAUAUUCACUCUGCUAGCCUUACUAUCAACCGCUUAAUUGAUUCAGUGAUUCAUUCAUUUCACUAUAUAUAUGUACACUUUGAUCCUGUUCAUUGACUGGCUCAUUCAACUCGCUUGCUCUUUCAUGCUUGUGUACAGUACUUGUAAUUUUGGUGUCCUGUGUGUGGUGCAAUAAUAAAUGUAAUCAACACUUCGUAUUCGCCUUCUGAUUAACUCACCGUUGGGACGUUAUCUAGUGACGGUUAUCAGGACGAACUGUAUACGAAGUUUAAGGAUUAUAUUGAAUACCGACCACCACACACUUGUAAACCAUCUAUCAACAUCCCCAUCGAAUCACCAAUGUGUAGAACUCGUCAUCUCAAUACGUGGACGAAUGUGUACUCACUGACACAAGGGGAAGUUUAAGAUAGACCAUCAUUUCAAAUAUUGUGAUUUGAAAAUGAUGGCUUCUACCAACUUCAUGUUCAGCUAAGAUCUUGAUAUUAAUCUAAUGUUAACCAAUAUGCAUGGUCGAUAAUUGCCGUAAACGGGAGGAUAUAUUGGCGAACAAUGUACGGAUGGAUUAUAACUAUUUCUG